AUGGCAAACGACGCGCCUCCUGGGUUGCCCUGCCCCCUAUGUUUUAUUCUAGGCCACUUGCAACGCCUCUUUCGAGCCACAAAUAUCCCCGUUGUUAUCGAAGAGGCCGAAGAGAACUUACAUGAUGAUACACACCAAGGCAGUAAGUCUCUGACAAUUGAAGACGACGGCGACCCUAUCCCUGAUCACCUUAUAGGUAGCGUCACUACCGAUGAGGGGGAUUUCCUGGAUCCAGGAAAUGGUUUAGAUGAAGAAGAGACCGUUUGCAACCUUACUGGAGUGCCGGAUAACCCAAAGAACUCAUCUUGGCGGCUGGGUGAUGCCAACACGCGCCCUUUGAUUUCAGCUACAUCUCGCAAUCCAACUGCAAGAGAUAUAUUGCGCUCAAACAACACAUCGGGUCCUUUCUGCAGAUCUUGCACAGAAAACAGGGAUCACUCUAGCCAGAAGUAUAGAGCGGCAGUCUCACCGUUACACUGUUCAGGCUGCCGUCGAGACCAUCCAUCAUCCCUCUUCUCAGUAAAGCAACGGCAAGAGGAGCCCGAUACACGGAUCUGCAUCGGUCGAGAGGGACACAUCAGGCUCUGCGAGCACAGGACGUUUGGCUGGGACGAGUUCGUGCACACUUCUUCGACCACCAAUGCGGACACGAGCAUCACAUGCGCGGCUUGGGAUGUCACCGCACACAGCUGUGACAGGGACACCCAGUGA